CUCUGCAGUGAUGUACUUGAUUUCAGCUUCAUGGAAUUGCUCUUUUCCCUUUACAUUUUCCUCGCCAAGCUGGUUGUAUUCAGCUCAGAAAAACUGCAGAAGAGUCUUUUAAAGUCAAAGCAGUAAUCAUUUUCAAGGAAAGGCUGUCACUGUGGAAAGAUGACCUGGUUGCCUUUUUUCUCAGUGAGUAGUCUGGGAUUGAAUUUUCUGUGAAUGGAGUGAGUUGUUAAACAGAGAGGCAUCGGCUGUUGACAGAAAGUCAAGGGUGUUCACUGUACUUUCCAUGGGUCAGGUAGGUCACUGAAAUUGGUAGAAUUAGUAUGUUUCUUGUAAAAGGAUCCCCUUUUUCUCUUUUGCACUGUGCAUCUAAUGCUGCAGAUACGUAUGUAUUUGUGUUCUCUUAUUCCAGCUUACCAAGGAACCUCAUUCUCUUUUGCACUGUGCAUCUAAUGCAGUAUGUCCUGUUGUUCUAGUGCACCAGAUUAGCAUGUGGCUUGUAUGAUCUGGGAUGUUUGGCAUGUUGUUUUGAGAGGGAUGGAUAGGAUGAGGGGUCUCUGGUGUCUGGAUUAUGUACAUGCCUAAAUGUUGGGUGUUUGAGAGUAGUUUUUGCACAUAAGGUAGAACACAGGUGAGUGACCUUUAAGGCAGUGAGAGUUGUCUGUUUAGCUUUGCUGCAGUUAUGUCAGGCAGUGCUGAUGACCCUCUGGUGCUGCUGGAGAUCCUGGAGGUGCUGGGCGUGUGCCGUGGCCGCCUGUCAUAUGCAGACGUGUGUGUGUAUCUGAGUGGACGCUAUGAGCUGCAGCCGCUGCUGGAGCUGCGCAGUCUCCUGUAUUCCACGGCCUGCCGUGACCCGUGUUUUCCCGCCACUCUGUUCCGCGAGCGUCUGCACCCACCCUGCAGCAACUGCCUAUCUGCGGCUGCUGAUGUGGUCUCACUCUUCAACCUGCUCACACACACACGUCUGCCUCCCUCGCAUGCACACUCUGGCCAGUCCCAGACCACUUGCCUGGCCUGCGGUCAGGGAUGUCCUCGCUGUGAUUGGCUACAAGCAGGGGGUGGGGCUAUAGCCUCAGGCUCUAAAUACGAGGGCUCCACUGAAGGACUGAUCAGAAUGAACACUGAGGUCUUGCACACGCAGACUCCAUCACACUUUCGUGCUCACGCGCACCCUGCCUCACACACACUCAACCAAGACAAAAUGCAGAGCACGCAUUCCAUGGACAUUCCUGGUGAGUGCACGAGGAACCAGGAGUCGUCCAGCAAGACCUCAGCUGCUGGUUCGGAUGCGGAGCCUAUUUACUCUUGCGCUCAGAAGAGGAGCAUGUUUAAGGGGGAGUUCCACAACCUUUUACCAUUGGUCCCUAUGGAAAGCAAAAGCCAAUCAGAACAAUCCCAGGAACGAAUGACAGAUGGUGGGGAGGACGUCGCCUUUCUCACCUACAAGAACCCGUAUCCUGAUUCUACUGUGUACCAACAUGACUCUGCAACGCACUUGCAUGACACACCGACACAUGCACACCAUCUUUCAACACAUGUGCAAGGCCAGGAUGCAAACCCCUAUGUGCAUGCUACACAGACAAAUGACAUGCUAACACAUUCACAAGGGCCUGCCACACAAAUGCAUGAUCCACAUGUACACACACAUGCACCCGUCGCACAAAUGCAUGCGCCUUCCACAAAUAUACACCCUACUGCACAGACUUCCUUUGACCAGAAGCACAAAAGUCUUGAUGACCUGCAAAGCUCCACUUACUUUGGGCCUACAGUGAUGGAGAGGAGCCACCAGAGUCCAGCCAUGGCCACCAAAAGCCACAGUCUGGACAUUGACAGCAGGCCUGAGGAAGAGGAAAAGUCUGGACUAGAUAAAAACAAAGCACGGAGACCUGGAUCUGAAAGGUCUGUGCUGGAUAAAUCUGGAUUAGCUAAACCUAAAUUAGCUAAACUUAGCUUUGAUAACAGUAGCUUUGACAUUCCAGGCUUUGAUCCAUUCAUCGUCAGGUCAGUACGGGACACACUGAAGCGUCUGAGCGGGCUGAGUUUGGAAGCGUGGUAUGAUUGUUCUCCAGGUGAUGGUGUGUCCAAUGUGGCCACUCAAACAGAGCCUCCUGACCGCCGUGCCCUGAGAAGCAUCAUGUUAAGUGACAAACUUUCCAUAGAUAAUCCAGAUAUUGGUGAGGACGACAUCAGUGCCAUCUUUCGUUUCCUGGACGACAUUAGUAUGUGCGGUUCAAUGGCAGUGUUACCUGGAGAAGGGGGCGGAAGUCAGGAGGGGUGUGGGGCUGGAUUGCCAGAGCGACGGGAGCGUUUGGGGAAGCUCCGACGGCUUUUCCACUCUCUGGAGGGCCCUGAGGAAGGGGUGCGGUGGGGCGUAGGCCGGCUGCUGCAGCGGGUCACAGAGCUGGAGCAGCGGCUGGAGCCUAUCUCAGAGCUGCGGGAACAGCUGGCAUUGGUCCUAGCCACACUGAAUCGACUGGAGCAAAGAGGACAGCUAGUGCACACACACUCAGAGCAGCUGUGCGCACACCACCAGGCUGUAGAGGGCUGUAUGCCAAGUGCUCAGCAGCAGGGAGGCCCCAGGUCUAACCCAGAGCUGGAAGGGGCUGAGGGGGCUGCAGCCAAACGCAGAGGUCUAUUCACACGCAGGGCCUCCAGGAGCCACACAGAGAGCAGUGGUUCUGAACAGCAGCGCGAGUGGAGCAUCAGCUACAGCAAGGAACAGCACAUAUGUCCUGCUCAGGCAGAGCAGCAAGACGGACAGAGUAAGAAAGAGGCCCGCACUGCGCAGGAAAGAAGAAAGAGUUCUCACCUCAUCCCUGAAGCCCACAGAGCUCCUCUGCACAGCUCAAUGCAGAGCUCUAACCUGCGCCUCACUGAUCGCCCCAAAGUCUCCUGGAGCCAGACAGAGCUGACACCCUUUGACUUACAGGCCCCUGAGUCUUUGGACUUCUGGAUGGAUGACGUUUACACUCCAGCCUCAGACACACUCCUGCGGCGCUCGCAGUCCCUCACACGCUGCAGCAGGAACCAAACCUAUCGCAUCACUGCGCUCAGUGUCACUGCCACACUCAUCCUCAUCCUCAUCAUCGUCAUUCCAAUAUGCACUGCAUAACGCUCACACAUCUACUCUCUCUCUCUCUCUCUCGCUCUCUCUCUCUCUCUCUCUCUCUCUCUCUCUCUCUCUCUCUCUCUCUCUCUCUCUCUCUCUCUCUCUCUCACACACACACACAUCCUAAUAUUUAACUACAUGCACACAUUUUAAUUAAUCUAAUUAUUACAUUCUGUCAUUCUGCACUGCAUAAUUUUUAUGUUAAUUUUGAAGCAUGACUGCAAAAUCAGUUUAAAUGGGUCUUAACCCCACUGUACAGUAUAGAUCUACUCUUCACUGAAUAAAUUUUGCUAAAACUCUGUUGGACUGCAAAGUCUGAUGAUGCACUCUAUACAGCCUAUGUAUUGCCUGAAAUGAUAAAAAAAUUGUGUUUCAAAAUUAUACCGUAAAUUUAUACAAUUUUAUCAACAUAAUAAUACCUCUAUGUGAAGUAGACCAUGGAUAGCCUCUUUUGUCAUGUCUUGCUCCUGUUUGAGCUCCUUCUCUAUUCUCUCUUCUCAAAGUGAUGCUAAUCUUAUAUAAAGUUAUAUAAUAUCCCUGGGUCCCCACUGAUACUGCUCCCCAUCUGUGGCCUGAAUCCAAGAGAGUAUAUCUCCUUCACUCUCUCCCUCUCCCCAUCAGUAUAUCUCCCUCGCUCUCUCCCUGUCCCUCAGUGCUAGCCAACAUUUGUUAGCUGAUCUAACAGAAUCAUUUUUUUGAUUCUGGGGAUUAGUGAACCAACUUUAUUCCAAAAGUUCUGCACUUUAGAAAUGUGCCCAUCAAUUCAUGUAGAAAUAUACCUGAUAUAUGGAAAAUAUAUGUUUCCAGAGAAAUGUUUACUUUUACUGCUCCUCAUAACACUCAUGAACACAUACGCAUCCACUGGCAAAGCUCAUUCCACCCUUUUUAUGGUUAGGGGAUGUUUCCGGUAAAUCCUCUUUGCUGGACUGAUGUGCCCAUUAGUCUAAUCCAAUUCCCCAGCAAUUUGAGUCAGACAUGGAGACUCACACACAUACUCUAGAUAAAAGGGGGAUCCCCUCACUCAAAGAAACACCAACGCAACACAAACGCUUACACUCAAAA